GUAUGGUGUGUAACCGAGACACCCCGUUGUAGCCAAGCACGGCCCUGGGGCUUGGAGUAGUGGAGGCCGCCGUCGUGCUUUGCUUCUAUCGUUGCUGCUCGGCUAAGAGAGCUGUGCUUUAUCCCGCUGCCCCUGUUUCCAUCGCGUUGGAUUUGGGAAUUUUUUCACGUUGUUACAUAAGUAUCAGGGCAAGAACUGCCAGAGGUGGAAGAGGUGGAUUGCUUCCUGGUCAUGCCCGGUGGAAGGAGGGGACCCAGCCGGCAGCAACUAAGCCGUUCAGCUUUGCCUUCUCUUCAGACAUUAGUUGGUGGAAACUGUGGCAACGGAACAGGUCUGAGAAAUAGGAAUGGUAGUACUCUCAGUCUUUCUGCUCCUCCUAUCACUGCCCUGAUUACUCCUGAGCCUGUGAGACACUGCCGAAUCCCAGAGCUCCCUGUGGAUGGAAACCUUUUAUUUGAAUUCCUCUUUUUCAUCUACUUGCUGGUGUCUCUUUUCAUUCAAUAUAUUAAUAUUUACAAGACCGUCUGGUGGUAUCCAUAUAACCACCCUGCCUCCUGUACAUCACUGAACUUUCACCUCAUUGAUUAUCACCUGGCCGCAUUCAUCACAGUGAUGUUGGCACGGAGGCUUGUAUGGGCCCUCAUCUCUGAGGCCUCGCAGGUGGGUACUUCAUCAAUGAUUCACGAUAUGGUAUUGAUUCUGGCACGUCUAGUUCUACUCACCCUUUGUGUAUGGGUGCUCUGUUGGACUCUGGUCAACCUCUUCCGCAGCCAUUCUGUCCUCAAUCUCCUCUUUCUUGGCUACCCAUUUGGUGUCUAUGUUCCAUUGUGCUGCUUCCACCAAGAUAGUAGAAACCAGCCUCUUUCAACAGACUGCAGCUAUUUAGUGCAGGAUCAACUAGUGGAUGAUAGUGCCUCAGGGGUUGGCAGUCUUGUGAAGCCCAAAGAUCUAUUUUCUCUCCUGAGAGAAUCAGUCAAAGAACAGUUCAACCCCUCUGUGACCACUCCAACGCACAGCUGUCCCUUGUCCCCAGAUCUCAUUCGCAAUGAAGUGGAGGGCCUCAAAGCAGACUUUAACCGCCGAAUCAAGGAAGUUCUAUUCAAUUCCCUCUUCAGUGCCUACUAUGUGGCAUUUCUGCCAUUAUGCUUUGUGAAGAGCACUCAGUAUUAUGAUAUGCGCUGGUCAUGUGAGCACCUCAUCAUGGUUUGGAUCAAUGCUUUUGUCAUGCUCACCACACAACUGCUUCCUCCCAAGUAUUGUGAUUUGCUACACAGAUCAGCUGCUCACUUGGGCAAGUGGCAGAAGCUGGAACAUGGUUCAUAUAGUAAUGCCCCUCAACACAUCUGGUCUGAGAGCACAAUAUGGCCACAAGGAGUGCUGGUACGACAUAGUCGAUGCUUAUAUAAAGCAGUGGGACCUUAUAAUGUAGCUGUGCCUUCAGAUGUGUCUCAUGCUCGCUUUUAUUUCCUCUUCCACCAUCCCUUACGGCUUCUCAAUCUGCUGAUUCUCAUAGAAGGCAGUGUGGUCUGUUAUCAACUCUACUCCUUGCUUCGCUCAGAGAAGUGGAACCAUACACUCUCCGUGGCCCUGAUACUCUUCUGCAACUAUUAUGUCCUAUUUAAACUUCUGAGGGACCGAAUAGUAUUGGGCAAGGCCUAUUCUUAUCCACUCAACAGCUAUGGGUUAAAAGCCCAUUAGACAUCUGAGGAAGGGAAGGAUAUUUUCAUACAGUUAUAUUUUUUUCCUUGCAACUGUUUAUAAAUAUUUAAAAAAAUAUUUUAUAUUUUGUAUACUACUGUUUUUUGUGGGGUAGGGAAGGGCCAAGUGGCAGUUAAAUGUCGCUUUAUAAACAAGGUUAUUUUAUAUAAAGACAUCAUUGUGUUUAUACUGUAUAUCAACAUAUAUCUAUGUGAAGCAAGAGCUUUGUAUGUGUGGUCCCUCUAUUUACUGUGCAUGCAGGUUAGCCAUCAUAAAACUCAGUUUUACAUAUAGGACUUGCCUAUUUGCUAUACAUCUAGCCAAAGGUGGCCAUUGCUUACAGUUAUUGUGGACAAGACAUGGGCAGCUUCCUGGGUCCCAUUUUAAGGUCACUAACUUUUUAAAAGGUCAUGCUAUCAAAAACCCUUGCCAAAAGUUUUAUAUUUAAAGCAUUAAAAUGGUAAUGGUGUGCUUCAGUUUGUUUUAAACUUCUUUACAUGAUAGAAAACUCCAGCCCCCUCACAUUUAAAGAAUAAUUUUAGUAACACCUUCAAGCAGCAUAGAGUAAUAAAAUAAAAUAGUAUUCAACAUCACAUGAUGCAAUAGGCAAAAUCAUUGUUUUUGCACAUUAUUAAACUACAUUCUCAAAGUGAUGUCCAGCUUGCAUGGGAUUCCUUAGCAGGCAAGGAAGAAAGAUAAACUAAUUUAGCACACCUUUUAUAUUGCUAUUUAUCAGAAUAACGUUGGAAAGGAUCUUGGAGGUCUUCUAGUCCAAUCCCCUGUUCAAGCAGAAGGCCCUGUAUUAUUUCAGACAAAUGGUUGUCCAAUCUCUUCUUAAAUCUGCCAGUGUUGGAGUAACCACCAUUUCAAUGUUAAACUGCAUCCUCAAAGUUUUCAAUACUUUGUUUUGCAACAGAGUAAUCCAACUAGGGUUCAUGGUCAUCUUCUUUGGCAGUGUUUUUAAUUAAAAGGAAUUAAAUGAGGCUGGCCUCUGCAAACUACUAGACUUGAGUAACAUCUAGGAAUGUUCAGAGCUCUUAAGGCAUCUUAGAAAGAAAGCUUAGUCCCUCUUUUUGAACGUAUAUCCAUAGGCCCAGAAAUAAGGAUAAAUCAAGUACUUGUUCUGGGAUCUGAAUGUUUUGUGACUAAUCAUAACAGCUGUUUUGUAAAACAUUCUGUGAAUUAAGAGUUACCAAAUGUGAACAGCACACAUCUAGAUGGCUACUAGAUGGCAACACAAAACUGGAUAACGCUCUUACCUCAAGAUUUUACAGUCUGGAUCAGAUAACCUGUCAUGGAAUGCCGGCUAGACGUUCUACCACAUAAUAGUUACCUCUCCCUUGCUUUAAUGAAUAUUUUUUUAUAGGUCUCUGUUUAAAAUACUAUACAAAAUGAUUAGACAGGGUACACAGGAGAAAAUAUGAGCUCUAUAGAAUUGCAGAGCAAAAUUAAGCACCUUAUCAUUUUUUUUAUAAAGUGAAAAGAAUAUAGACAAAUUGGGAAUGAGGAUUAAGUCCUCUGUAGUAGUUUAUGUAUGCAAAAUCUUAAUUUUAUUUAUUUUCUCUAAUGGAAUUACAAGCGUGAUAAUCACAAACAUGAUUACUUUUACUUCCUACUUAUAGAUAUUGCUUGUUUUUCUGGGGUAUAUUCUUGGCCAUACUGCAUUAUGACAAAAUGUUUAGUAGCAAAAUAAAACCCACAUGCACAAACAAACA